AUGUCCUCUGGUUUUGAACCUUCACACCUCCACCUCCACCACUCUUUUUCCAAAUUCACCUCCUGUUGUGUGCGAUUCCCCGAAGAGCGCCAGGAACUCGCAGCAACAUUUUCUCUUCCCUCUCAGAUUUUUCAUUCUCAGAAAGGAAAACUUAGGGACAUUCGCAAAAAUGCCGAUCGCAAGAAGAUCCACGAGUACCUCUUCCGCGAAGGUGUGCUCGUGGCCAAGAAGGAUUACAACCUCCCCAAGCACGGCGACAUUGACACCAAGAACCUCUUUGUCAUCAAGGCUUGCCAGUCCCUCACCUCCCGUGGAUACCUCAAGACGCAGUUCUCCUGGCAAUACUAUUACUACACUUUGACUCCCGAGGGUCUGGACUACUUGCGCGAAUGGCUUCACCUGCCCGCUGAGAUCGUCCCCGCGACACACAUCAAGCAGCAGCGCAGCCAUGCUCCUCCACGUGGUAUGAUGGGUGGUGAUGACCGUGAGCGCCGUGGCGGCGGCCGUGGUGGACCCCGUGGUGAUCGUGAGGGCGGAUAUCGUCGUCGUGAGGACCGUGGUGAGGGUAAAGAGGGUGGUGCUCCUGGCGAGUUUGCGCCUACCUUCCGUGGUGGCUUUGGACGUGGACGUGGAGCCCCUCCUGCGGCCUCUUAG